CCCGAGCGCCAGCCAAUGGGAGGCGGCCUUCUUGGCGGCGGCGCAGCCCUAGUGAGUCUGAGAGGAUCUGGGGCGCCGCUGCGGGCGUGGAUACAAGCAUACAGAUGGCAGAUAACAGUAAAACAGAAGAUGCUGCCUCAGAUUCUGUGGAAGCUGCUAAAAAUACAAGCGACAAAAAAAGAAAAGCUAGCAGAUCAGGUGAUGCAAAAUCCACAAGUCCUGGCAGCUCUUCAAGAGCGACUUGAUAACACAUCUCACACUCCUUCAAGCUAUAUUGAAACUUUACCAAAAGCAGUGAAAAGAAGAAUUGAUGCCUUGAAACAGCUCCAGGUGCAAUGUGCCCAUAUAGAAGCUAAAUUCUAUGAAGAAGUUCAUGAUUUAGAGAGAAAAUAUGCAGCCCUGUACGAGCCUCUCUUUGAUAAGAGAAGGGAAUUUAUCACUGGUGAAGCUGAACCUACAGAUGCAGAGUCGGAAUGGCACAGUGAAAAUGAGGAAGAAGAAAAAUUAGCUGGAGACCUGAAAAAUAAAGUAGUAAUAGAAGAAAAAGCAGCAGCAACAACAGAAGAGGCGAACCCCAAAGGAAUUCCAGACUUCUGGUAUACAAUCUUUAGAAAUGUAGAUAUGCUAAGCGAAUUAGUACAGGAGUAUGAUGAACCAAUCUUAAAACAUCUGCAGGAUAUUAAAGUUAAAUUUUCUGAACCAGGACAGCCUAUGUCUUUCUCAUUAGAGUUCCACUUUGGGACCAAUGACUACUUUACUAAUUCAGUCCUGACAAAAACCUACAAGAUGAAGUCAGAACCAGACAAGACGGAUCCUUUUUCAUUUGAAGGCCCUGAAAUAGUUGAUUGUGAGGGGUGCAGUAUUGACUGGAAGAAAGGAAAAAAUGUUACAGUUAAAACAAUCAAGAAGAAGCAGAAACACAAGGGUCGGGGCACAGUUCGAACAAUUACUAAACAAGUCCCCAAUGACUCGUUCUUUAACUUCUUCAACCCAAUAAAAGUAUCUGGGGAUGGCGAGUCACUGGAUGAAGAUUCAGAGUUUACUUUAGCAACAGACUUUGAAAUCGGACACUUCUUCCGUGAAAGGAUAGUUCCUCGUGCUGUGCUUUAUUUCACUGGGGAAGCUAUAGAGGAUGAUGAUAAUUUUGAAGAGGGAGAAGAAGGAGAAGAGGAGGAAUUGGAAGGUGAAGAGGAGGGAGAGGAAGAGGAGGAUACAGAAAGUGAGCCUAAGGUGUAAUUUAAGUCUGUUUAUCAUUCAUACAUUUCUAGAAAGAUGCCAGCCAGCCUGCUGAAUGCAAACAACAGUAAUAAGGAAAUACCACUUCAGAGUGAUAUUUGAACAACUUGUAACAAAUAUUUGGAUACCUGGCCUGCAGUUCAGGAUAUUCCAUUGCUGCAGCACAAUCUUAUUAACAAUGCUUAAACUUAAUUUGUUUUAAAAUGCAUGAUUUUUCACUAACUCUUCUUUUUUUGCUUAACUUGUACAGUGGCAACUUCAAUGCAUUUGGGAAAUAUGAGGUUUAAAUAAAGCACACUCUACAGCCUUUGGUACACUGUAGCUAAAUAAUUGUCAGUAGGCUUUCUGAUGAGCCUCUUGCCUCUUCAUAGGGACAUAAUCCAAAUGACAAAGUAAAGACUAUCCAUUUUCUUGUUGAACUUUGAAAAUUGUGGAAUAGCCCAUGUGCCGAGAAGCUAAACUAUAAAUGGAUUACAUGAGUGGUAGUUAAAGGAAAUGCAGCAAUAGGACUUGACUCUUUUUUGCUAGUUCCCACCUCCCACCCUUUUUAAAAAACAUUUCCUGCAACCUACAAAUCAAAUUAGUGCUUGCGCUUUUUUAAAUGUCAUAUUUAUUAUCUGAGUAAAGCCAAUUAAAUUGAAGUAAAUUUUACUUUUAUCAUUAUUGAAAGGGUGUCAUAUUUGAGAUUUACUUAGUUGUUCAUCUUUGUAUUUAUUUAUUCAUUCAUGUUUGUAAGUACUUUGAAAGAAUUAGUGCUUUUUAAUAGUUUUUAAGAUACUUGAAAAUAUUUUCUUCCUGUUUUGCAUAAAGUAUGGGUACUUGUACAAGGAAAAUUUGACUAGUCUUUCUCAAGGUGGUAGCUUAGACAAAAAUGAACGUGCUUCAAAGUGACAAUUCUUUAGGGGAAAAUCCAAACUAUCUACAGCCAAAUUGUUGCUGUCAAUAGAAGUGGGUUGCAGCCAAAGAACCAGAACAUUUCCAAUAGUCUUAUUGCUUAGUAUCCAGCAUGGCAGGGACUUUCACUCUGAGCAUAUAGAUUAACAAAAUUUAACUUGGUAAAUCUGAAGUUUUGGUGUCUUAUUCGUAGCUCAAAUUACUCCGUUCCACAAUUUGUUUAAAAGCUCUGAAGUCUUCAAAACUACCUGUUGUUGUUGCGCAGUACUUCAGUUGCACACUUCUAGUUUAAGCAUCCAAAUGCCAAUCUCUGGCAUCAGUUGAAUAGCAACUGUAUCAACACUGUGACCAGGCAUGUAGAGUGCUCCAGCCUUACCUUACACAUUUGUAACUUAAUACGGUGUUUUCAAUUUGUACAGAAUAGUUAGAAUAUUCUAUUAAAGUUGUGAAACAUGAAAAGU